AUGGCCUCAGCAUCGCAAUUAGUUGGCCUCGCCAAGUCGUUGCCCGCUCCUCUGCAGCGCUUCUUCGCCCGAUACCCCCCCGCCGCCAUCCUCCCCGAAAACGCCCCCAAGACUCGAUACCAGGAGGACAGACCAAACCCUUUCCGCUUCUACAAGCACCCCGUGACAGGAAAAUGGCAGGAUCCCAUAUACUCGAAUAGACGCCAGGCUGAGCUGGUCCAGAUGGCCCGUGACAACGGUGUUGAGGAUCUGCUACCUGAUACACGCAAGGCCACCGAGUACCAGUUGGCUCAUCGGGUUGAGCAUGGUUUAAGAGUCAAGGGUACUGGUGUGGGACAGAAGGUCAAGGGUCACAUUCACGAACGACACAUGAUUGCAAAGAUGGAGAAGAGGAGAAAGGCAAUGCUGGAUAUGCCCAGUCUCAUCAAGCGCUGGAAGAGGGUGGGCAAAUACGGAUGGACCAAGUUCCCCAAAUAA